CGACCAUCUCACGCAACCUGCGCUUUACGCUCUCAACGCGUUCACCAUUUCGUCGUUUACAAAGCAUCCAUUCCGCACCGUCUUCCGCUGCUCAGACGGAAGAUUCAUGCCUUGUCGCCCUCACGGUUCUCAGAGUAGUCUUGAGAAGUUUUAUCACCGUAAUCCCGUCAUCAUAGCUUCCUGAUAUCUGCCCAGCAUGGCUAAAGUUGUUAACAUUCGUCGCGACGUCGAUGACAAGUUUUACCGCUACCGUAUGCCGGUCUUGCUUACCAAGAUCGAGGGAAAAGGCAACGGCAUCAAAACGGUCGUUCCGAACAUGUCUGACGUUGCCCGGGCGCUCUCACGCCCGCCUACCUACCCGACGAAGUUCUUCGGGUGUGAACUUGGCGCUCAGACAACUUUCGACGAGAAGGGUGACCGGUACAUCGUUAAUGGUGCACACGAUGCUUCACGCUUGCGUGAACUUCUCGACAUUUUCAUUGACAAGUUCGUUCUGUGUGCCGCAUGCAAGAACCCGGAGACAGACCUCAUCAUUACGAAGGGUGACAUGAUUACUCGCGACUGCAAGGCCUGUGGCCAGAGGACCAAUGUAGACAUGCGCCACAAGCUGACUACGUUCAUCCUUAAAAAUCCUCCUAAGGUUUCAAAGAAAUCGAAGAAGGCCAAGGAGGGCGCAGCGACGGAGAACGGUGGCGGUAGUCCCCCUGCCGAGGCUGCCGAAGAACAGGGUGCAGACAGUGAUGAUGAGCUGACAAAGCGCAUUAAGAUCGAAGCUGCUGAACUCGCCGAAAACUCGAAGCUGAAAGAGGAAGAGUGGGCAGUAGACACGUCACCUGAAGCGGUGAAGGCACGUGUCAAGGCUCUCGAAAGCGGAAUGCAAUCGGGUCUACUUCUCGGGGAUGACGACAGUGAUGACGACGCGAACAGUCCAUACACUCAGAUCGGUCAAUGGGCAGAAGAGAAUCGUGAAACCACUUCUGCCGUCGAGGUUUACAAACAUGCUCAAGACCUAGGAAUUGAGAAGAAACACAAGACCGUUCAAGUGCUUGUGCAAGCUCUAUUCACCGAGAAUAUCGCGACUGAGAUUCCAAAGUUUGCGCCCAUGUUUGCAAAGAUGGUCACCUCCGAAAGGCACCAGAAGGCUCUUCUCGGCGGUAUAGAGCGCUUUGUCGGUGUUACGCACCCGGACCUCGUUCCGUCCAUUCCGAAGAUCCUAAUGGCGUUUUACCAAGCUGACGCUCUUGAAGAGGAAGUUGUGAAACAAUGGGGCACACAUGUCAGCAAGAAGUAUGUCGACAAGGACACGAGCAAAAAAGUGAGAAAGGCCAGCGAGCCCUUCCUAAAGUGGCUCGAUGAAGCUGAUGAUGACGAGGAGGAGGAAGAGUCUGAAGAGGAGUAGGCAUCUGGUAUUCUGGAUUGUACUAUGAUUUCUGUAACGUUACCUGUGUCAGGAUCAAUAUACUGCCUUGUUCCGGCUACGUGCAAUGUAAAUGCCGUACAUGUUUGUUAAACC